AAAUCACUAACCCACCAACCCCUUUUAACUUUUCUAUUUGGUAAAGAGACAUAUAGAAACAAAUCUUUUAUAUUAAAGUUGCCUAUAACUACUAUUUUCUACGUUGCAUACUUGCAUAUAUCCGAUAAAUACUUCCGUCAUAACAGAGUAAGAGUUUGUAUGUAACAAAUUUCAACAAAAAGAAGAGAAAAACAAUGGGAGAGAAAGCGAAAGCAAAUGUGUUAGUCUUCUCAUUUCCGAUACAAGGUCACAUAAACCCUCUCCUCCAAUUCUCAAAACGCCUACUCUCUAAAAACGUCAACGUCACAUUCCUCACCACUUCCUCCACCCACAACUCCAUCCUCCGCCGUGCCAUCACCGGCGGAGCCACUGCUCUUCCUCUCUCUUUUGUCCCCAUUGACGAUGGAUUCGAGGAAGAUCACCCAUCUACGGACACAUCUCCCGACUACUUCGCAAAGUUCCAAGAAAACGUAUCUCGAAGCCUCUCAGAGCUUAUCUCCUCGAUGGACCCAAAACCAAACGCCGUCGUUUACGACUCGUGCCUGCCUUAUGUCCUCGACGUUUGCCGGAAACAUCCUGGCGUUGCUGCGGCGUCGUUUUUCACUCAGUCCUCCACCGUGAACGCGACCUAUAUUCAUUUCUUGCGUGGAGAGUUUAAGGAGUUUCAAAAUGAUGUCGUUUUGCCUGCAAUGCCUCCGCUGAAGGGUAAUGACUUACCGGUGUUUCUGUACGAUAACAAUCUCUGCCGGCCGUUGUUUGAGCUCAUUAGUAGCCAGUUCGUGAAUGUUGACGACAUUGACUUCUUCUUGGUUAACUCUUUCGACGAACUCGAAGUCGAGGUGCUACAAUGGAUGAAAAACCAAUGGCCGGUCAAGAACAUAGGACCGAUGAUUCCAUCAAUGUACUUAGACAAACGAUUAGCAGGUGACAAAGACUACGGAAUCAACCUCUUCAAUGCCCAAGUCAACGAAUGCCUUGAUUGGCUUGACUCAAAACCGCCCGGUUCAGUGAUCUACGUGUCUUUUGGAAGCUUGGCCGUCUUAAAAGACGAUCAAAUGAUAGAAGUCGCGGCUGGUCUAAAACAAACUGGCCAUAACUUCUUAUGGGUUGUUAGAGAAACUGAAACAAAGAAGCUUCCAAGCAAUUACAUAGAGGACAUUUGUGACAAGGGAUUGAUAGUGAAUUGGAGUCCUCAAUUACAAGUUCUUGCACAUAAAUCAAUCGGUUGUUUCAUGACUCAUUGCGGGUGGAAUUCGACUUUAGAGGCAUUGAGCUUAGGAGUUGCUUUGAUAGGAAUGCCGGCUUAUAGCGACCAGCCGACUAAUGCUAAGUUUAUUGAAGAUGUGUGGAAGGUUGGGGUUAGGGUUAAGGCAGAUCAAAAUGGGUUUGUUCCGAAGGAAGAGAUUGUGAGAUGUGUUGGAGAAGUUAUGGAAGAUAUGUCGGAGAAAGGGAAGGAGAUUAGAAAAAAUGCUCGGAGGUUGAUGGAGUUUGCAAGGGAAGCUUUGUCUGAUGGAGGAAAUUCUGAUAAGAAUAUUGAUGAGUUUGUUGCUAAAAUUGUGAGGUAAAGUGACUGUAUGAUUAAUCUUUGAUGCUUAAUUAAUAAUGUGUUUUUAAGAGUUUUCAAAGGACGAAAUGUUUAGAAUGUAACUUGUUGGUUUCUUUCAAAGUUAUUUAUGAUGUGAACAAUGUGAUCUAAAAUGGUGUUGAACUUGGGAAAU